AUGGCCAAGAAUGGGUGGUGGGGAUGGGUCCAGGACGUGAAGAAGUCCUGUGGCUUCGCGCCGCAAGCGCAGGGCACGCCCAUGUGGGUGCGCAGCCGGCCGGAAGACUUGGCAGGUGGCGAGGUGCCCGGGAUGAGCGACGACCUCCUGGAUCAGGUCCGUGCGCCUGGUGGAUCAUUGGAAGAAAAGCUCGAGGCGGUCAUCGACGUCUUCCGGUCCAGUCAGCGGCACCUCGAGAGCUGCCGCGAGGCACUGAGGCAGCAGGCGCUAGAGAGGCGCCGCUCGGAGGGCCGAGAGCGCUUUCCAGCGGAGGUCGAGGAGGUCAUCUCCGGAGGUACGUAUCUUGACUCAUUCCUGGAGGCCUAUGAUGGCCAGAGGUUCCUGCUCCACAGCGAGGAGAUCGUGCCUUGUCACGAGUACCGGCUCGGCCUGGAGGUGAACUCCGGCGGCGCGUACUGGAAGGGCAUCUCCAUCCAGGAGGCUGCUGUGCGCCACGACGUGCAGGCGGUGGCUGGUGCCAGCGGCCUGGAAGGCCGUGGAAGCACCUAA